AUGCAAGUUUCCAACCUUCUCUCGGAACCUCAGGUUUCAGGCCUACAACGCUUCCCUGAGACCGUAGAAGAGCUCAUAGCGGGCCGGCAGUACGAUCCAAGACAAUCGGCUGCUGGAUACGAAAUGAUCCCUCUUAGAGAGGACUCGAGCAUGAUGGAUGUCUAUCCCAGCACCGAGACGGCCUCGGCGCAUGAUUCGCUGUCACCCACAAAGCAGGUCCAGCCCAAGCACGUCAGCUUCGAGCUGCUGCUUCCUCAGUCCCCAGCCCACAAGGCUCGUUUACCAAUGCGGGUGAACAUCUACCCCCAUGACACUACCGAUUCUAUCAUUACAACUGUCAAAAAUUUCUACGGUCUGUAUGAGCGCAGGGGCGUCAUCUUCGAGGACCGCCAUGGCAACAUCCUAAUUGCCAGGUUCGAGAACUUCGAACAUGGAAUGGUGGUUUAUGUCCGAGUAUCCCCAGAAGACCCCGAUGCAGAGGACUACUCACCUGCCCCUCGACAGCCGACGGCCUCGCCUCGUCGCCCUCGUCCCCAUCUUGAGGAAGCCUUCCAGAUGCCCCCACCUUCCAUCAACCACUUUGUUGGUCCGAGGGCAGACUCUUACACUGGACGCCAGAGUCGCUCUCCAAUACCAGGCCGUGGCACCAGGAGUGCUUCGGCCAGCAAGCGCAUUCGUCCUUCCCUGAAGAGUCGUGGUAACAGCUCUCACGGGAGUUUCGCUGAAGCUAAUGGAGAUAUUUACAGUGACAGUGACGGCGAUCAUGGUUCUGUCACCAGCUCACGUCGCUCAAGGAAGGAGCCUCUCGCAAGCGCUGACAUUAGUGUUGACAACAUUGUCGAGGGAGGCCGCCGAAAGCGGGCGAAGUUUGACAGCUCGGAGUUGCCUCUGUUCGUCCCCCCACAAGUCCCAAUGACGGCGUCGCUGUCAUCUGUUUCUCCUCAGCGACGUAUUAGCGGUAACACUGCCGGUUCGCCUUACUCGGUCAAUCAACAAACCUUCUCGUACUCGCAUCCGCUACCAUCGCCUCAGAGUUACGGCCAGGGCGAAAGCUCAUACAUGCAAGGACUGGUGACACCGUACUCUACCUCUAGUGGUCCAGUACAGGGAUAUAGAGCUCGCACGCGAGGCUCGGCACAACACGCUCACUACCGCUACUCUGGCAGUGGUGGCAUUCUGCCAACACCAGAGACCACCCUUGGCAGCAUCAGUGUUAUUUCAGAUGAGGAUGUUGCUCGCCAGCUGAUGCGCUUGGGCGAUGCGUCCAACUUCUCCACGCAUGGACGUACUUCGACCUCGACGCUUGACGAUGCCUUUAGCGGCAAAGCUGAUGCUGCUUCGUCUAGCGACGAGAGCGACGAGGGUAGCGAGGACGAAAGUGGGUUACCUCCACUCCCAUACAACAUGGGACGCAUAGACACCAUCCCUCGAGUUUAUGAUGAAGCGGAGAGCAGUGGCGAGGACUAUGAGGACAGAGACGACUCAUUCAAGGGUGAGAGCGAUGAGAUUGUGCCAGAUGAGCACAAGGACCACCAGCACAUGCAACUUGGUGUAGUGAAAGCGCGCUCGUCCGUUUCAAGCAAGUCUGGAAAGUCUGCCAAACCUCUCACCCUCUCUAAGAGCAAGGUCCGGACCAAUGGGUCCAGCAAGCCUCCCAUGUCGCCAACCUCGCUGCCUUCUCGCAAAGCUUCGAGUGCCUCAAUCAACUUCCAGCACCAGCUCGGCGUGGAUGAGGAGGAUCUAUCUAGCAAACCACGGUGUCAGCGAUGCCGUAAGAGCAAGAAGGGCUGUGAUCGCCAGCGACCUUGCCAACGCUGCAAGGACGCCGGUAUCGGCGCAGAGGGCUGCGUCAGCGAAGACGAAGGCAACGGCAGGAAAGGACGUUAUGGACGCCAUAUGGGUGUCUCGGUUAAGAAACCUUCGACUUCUGCUGCAACAUCGAUGGCCCCCCCACCGAUGCACGACUACAGCCUGCCGGUAGAAGCCUUUAGCAGCGCCAGCAUGGACAAGAAUAAGAAGCGCAAGAGGUGA